CAUAUGUUAACAUGCCAAAAUUUUUUUACACGUCUUCAGUAAGGGUGAAGAUGUUAGUGAAAACGGCUAUACUUCUAAUAGCUUUAGCCAUUAAUUUGGCUUCGGCGGGAUUCAUAAAGCCAGAUUUUAUUGAAAAUGUAAAUAAAAAAAGCGACGACUCCCGCAUCGUGUCGGGAUGGGAGGCGAGUCCGGGUCAGCACCCGCACCACGCCUCGUUACGCAUGGUGUUCCGGCUAGGCAUCGUGAACGCGUGCGGCGGCUCCAUCGUGCACCGCAACUGGCUUAUCACGGCCGCUCAUUGCACUGCCGGUGCUGUGACUCUGGUAGUCCGCGCUGGUGUCACUGACCUGACUCGUCCCGAGUAUAUAUCGGAGACUACGGAGUGGUACAACCAUCCCUCUUACAACGACCUGCUGCCGACACAAGUGCAGCCCAAUGACAUCAGUAUCGCCCAUCUGCCUAACCCUGUCACAUACUCAGCAAACUUGCGAGCUAUUCGCAUCCAGCCCGCAGCUGACGCGUACAGAAACUAUGAAGGCGAGGUUCUCUACGCGAGCGGACACGGCAGGACUUGGACUGAAGGAACCAGUCCUGAAGUAUUGAACUGGGUUUAUCUUCGUGGCGUUUCGAACCCGUCCUGCGCCUCCACAUUCGGAUCUAUCGUAACCUCCACCACGAUCUGCGCUCGCUUCUUCAACGUCACUUCUCAGUCCAUCUGUCAGGGCGACAGCGGUGGCCCGCUGGUGUACCGCGGGUCAGAUGACGUGCCCACUCUGGUCGGUGUCAGCUCAUUCGUAGCUCAAGUACCUUGGGGCUGCCACUCUGGACUUCCUGGAGGUUUCGCGCGACCUGGACCAUUCCACAGCUGGUUCACAGAAGUUACUCAAAUUGACUUUGAUAAUCUAAUAGAGGAAGACCCUCCAACAACUACCACUACCACCACAACAACAACCACGACGACGACUACACCCGCGCCUACAACCACUACAACCACAACUACACUAGCGCCUACAACCACAACUACAUCUGCCCCGACAACAACGACAACCACAACCGUGACCACACCUAGCCCACCACCAAACACCACCACUAGCGCCCCCACCACAACAACAUCACCCACCGAGGAAUCUGAGGAAGAGGAUUCAGAUUCAGAGUCCGAAGAAGACCCGGAACUCGCAGAGCUGGCUAAGAAACUAGAGGUCAAGGUCAAAGUGAAGGUCAAACUGCAGAAGAACCAGAAGAAAUACAAGCACCAGCAUGAACACGAACAUAAAAUCAAAUAUUAAUAAUUUUUCUUUCAGAAUAUAAAUAGUGCUGUUGUUUAUUUAACGUAUUUAUUAUAACUGUGGAUUUCCACUGCACAUACACAUGUAGAUAAAAUGUUUUUAUUUAUGUUUCCAAAGAGAAUUAUAUAAAAGGCAUGUCAUUUCUGAUGUUUCAUUAG